AUGAUUCUGCUGGACAAUGACAGGGAGACUGACCUUGCCUCAGUCCUGGCCUUUUUCUGGCCCCAUUUCUUGAUGACGGUUCCCAUGGGUUGUGAACGUCUGAUCCGGGUCAUGCUGGCCAAAGUCCCGGCUAAACGUCCGUCCACACGAGAGCUAUUUCAACACCCUUGGUUCACUGAUUCUUCAUCACAGAACCCAGCUCAGUUCUCUGGCAGCGCUGCGACCUGUGUGUCCUCCUCUUCCAGUGCCAUUCCAAUUCCUAAUCAUGGUGUGUCUGAUCGUUGGACACGGUCCUCAUCUCCACACUCUGUACGGAGACUGGACAUCAACGUGAAUCCGCAAAAUUCGCCCAAACGAAAAGCUCUCGUCGAGCCUGAUUCUGACUUAGCUGCAGAUGUGGAGGGUGAUCAGUUGAAAUACUUAUUGUACGCAAUUUCGUUUCUUUUCUUCGUACUUCUUAUUUCUCCCCCACCAGGUUGUGAACGUCUGAUCCGGGUCAUGCUGGCCAAAGUCCCGGCUAAACGUCCGUCCACACGAGAGCUAUUUCAACACCCUUGGUUCACUGAUUCUUCAUCACAGAACCCAGCUCAGUUCUCUGGCAGCGCUGCGACCUGUGUGUCCUCCUCUUCCAGUGCCAUUCCAAUUCCUAAUCAUGGUGUGUCUGAUCGUUGGACACGGUCCUCAUCUCCACACUCUGUACGGAGACUGGACAUCAACGUGAAUCCGCAAAAUUCGCCCAAACGAAAAGCUCUCGUCGAGCCUGAUUCUGACUUAGCUGCAGAUGUGGAGAAAGGCAAGUUGAAUGAGUUCAUCAUCCUUAUAAUGGAAUCCUACGGCAUGAAACGUUCCCAAAUCCUGGAGUCCCUCAGUCGACGGGCGUACGAUCACUUGAUGGCCACGUAUCUCCUGUUGGGUGAAAAGGUACGUCGCCAUCGUUACAGCCUUCAGCUACCUCUGAGGUCGGAUCAUCACCUAGUCACGUGUUCAGUUCCAGUAAAGAUGAAGCCUACCUCAUCAUCUCCACCCGGACCCGUCAGGGGGCUGGUCGCCAAACAAAGUCGCGUAGACAGUGCUGUGGAUAUAAAAAGCAUAAUAUCCGAAUCCGAUUCGAAUGCAACCAGUUCUUUCUCCAUUCCUGUAUCCGACACAGAAUCCAACGUGCUCUGUCACUUGUCGUCUACGCUGUGGGGUGAUGCACCAGCCUCCUACGAACGCUUUUCAUUUGAUGAUCAGUCUGGAAUGGGACAACCACGGCAGGGGCAGCUGACGGUUCCGACAUCACAGCAACCCCCGUCGUAUGUCUGCGACAUUCAAUUAGGCAAAUCAUUUGAGGAUAGUUUGAUUGCAUCUUUUGAACCGAAUCAGCGCGUCACCUUCAACGAUCAGGAUCAAACGAGUCGACCGUGGCUUAUCGGCGGAAAUUACGCCUUGGACGACAAGGGGCCAGCAAACGAACCUCCUCGACGCACUUUGGUCCGGCGCAAAUACGGUGUAUUUGACCCCCCUGCCCAUCUGGAACAGCUGACUCAGUCGCUGCUCGCGGAACGAUACAACACAGAUAGCACGCCACCUGCAGACUUGGACUCUAAUGAUGAUGGAUGAACUUGUUUACUCUCCUGUAUUGUUCUAAUGAAAACGGACGCGUCUUUUACAAGAUCCCAUCGUACUCGCCAUCUCCCCUCCCCAUCCCACCAGCCGACAGAUGCAUAUGUUGCAAUCCCAUCGUAUGCACAAACACACACACACGGAUCUGACAUUACAAACCUGUUCCUCUUGUGCAAGCCAGUCCGACUCUGUACUCUGUUCAUUCGUCUUGAUCGGCCAGGUUUUCGGUGUUUACUUACUUUUUACGUUGUCUUGACUGUUUGUCUCCGACAGUUGCGUCUGUUCAUUCGGGCGCGCACGCACACCAAAACAAACAUCCCUUCCGUUGUAUUGUACAGUGCCCCAUCAACAUACCCACCGAUCCUUUCCGUCCGAUCAUGCGCCUUGUCGAACAUUCACCUUUCAACUUGAUCCCCUUGGAAUCCUAGUUUGCAGGAGGCAAUCAGGUUGCUUGACGUAAUCGUCUCUCUGUGGGACGUUUCUUACUCAUGCACCUGCUUUCUCCUCGCCUUUAGUUGCCAGAUUUAUUCAUUAAGCAACGAGUGUUCUUUAUCAAGGUUGCUUUAUCUUCGACACCCCUUAUCCGGUUUGGUCUUGUGCUGUCAUUUGUGAGGCGGUUUGGUUGAAGUUUGUUUUCACCUCUGAACUAAACGUGCCACAAUCUUCUCGCUGGUAUUAGUCAUCCUCACUCAUAGACAGGAUUCUGUAGUCGCAAUCAGCUCUUCUGCUGUAGGGUCCAAACCAUUGGACUCGAGCUCCUUCACUUGUUGGGGUUCUGGAAAGCGAAUAGUCUUCGAGUGAGUCAGUAUUCGACGUGUCACACUGAUCCUGUUUCGUCUGAGCAGUACGUUCAAAUUCAAAUAGUCGUCUAGAAUGAGGCUUCUAACUAAAUGCACAAUCCAUGACUGCGUACAUCCAAAGCAUGUUACGAAUACGAAUCCCACGGCCACUGACUAUUCUU